AUGGCUCUUGCAGGAAGGGUUCCCCCUUCCUGCGGGAGUGGUUCAGCCCGGAGGCGGCCCUUUCCCGCGGGGGCCGGAAUAGUGGCCCUAGCAGCUCCGCCCCUCCCCGCCCCGCCCGGGAAUGUGGACGUUUGGAGUGAGCGCGGUGGGCGGGCCGGAGGGAGGCGCCGAGGCGCCGGGGCCGCAGCGGAGGAGGCGGAGGAGGCUGGCAGCGGCGGCGGUGGCGGUGGCUGUGGCGGCUGCGGGAGUGUCCGAAGUCCGCCCACUCCAGAGCCGGAAGCGCCCACCGCCCCUCCCUGGGCUGCUGAGCUCCUUUCCAGAGGCUCCGUGGUAGUGGGUUCUGGAGGCGGGUCGGGUCUCUCCUUCGACUUCCCGGGAAUGUGGGCCGGGAAUGUGGGCCGGGAGGAGACCCCGGGUCACUUGACUGUCCCCCAGCUCUUUGAGAGUCUCCUGUCUGCCCUCGGAGAGGGCUCCUACGACCCCCUGCCCCAAAUCGGGCCCCCCUCGGUUUCUGAGCCUUGGUGCUCACAUGGGCAGAGCUUCUGGGGCGUUUCACCCACCUUUCCCAGUGAUCCUGGGGACAGGGACAUCAUGAUCACCCACUUUGAACCGUCCAUCUCCUUCGAGGGUCUCUGCAGCGAGGUCCGAGACAUGUGCUCCUUUGACAAUGAGCAGCUCUUCACCAUGAAGUGGAUAGAUGAAGAGGGAGACCCAUGCACUGUUUCAUCUCAGCUGGAGUUAGAGGAGGCCUUUCGGCUCUACGAACUCAACAAAGAUUCAGAGCUCUUAAUUCAUGUAUUUCCAUGUGUACCAGAACGGCCUGGAAUGCCAUGCCCAGGAGAAGACAAGUCCAUCUACCGCAGAGGCGCACGCCGAUGGAGGAAGCUUUAUUGUGCCAAUGGCCACACUUUCCAAGCCAAGCGGUUCAACAGGCGAGCUCACUGUGCUAUCUGCACCGACCGAAUAUGGGGCCUCGGACGCCAGGGCUACAAGUGCAUCAACUGCAAGCUACUUGUUCACAAGAAGUGCCACAAGCUUGUCACCAUCGAGUGUGGGCGGCAUUCUCUGCCCCCGGAACCAAUGAUGCCCAUGGACCAAACAUCUGUGCAUUCAGACAAUGUAGAGACAGUGAUUCCAUAUAACCCUUCAAGUCAUGAGAGUUUGGACCACGUUGGAGAAGAAAAGGAGGCAAUGAGUACCAGGGACAGUGGCAAAGCUUCAUCUAGUCUGGGUCUCCAAGAUUUCGAUUUGCUCCGUGUCAUAGGGAGGGGGAGCUAUGCCAAAGUUCUGUUGGUGCGACUCAAAAAAACUGAGCGCAUUUACGCCAUGAAAGUCGUGAAGAAGGAGCUGGUCAAUGAUGACGAGGACAUCGAUUGGGUGCAGACAGAGAAGCACGUCUUUGAGCAGGCGUCCAACCACCCGUUCCUCGUUGGCCUGCACUCUUGCUUCCAGACAGAAAGCAGAUUGUUCUUCGUGAUAGAAUAUGUGAACGGUGGGGACCUCAUGUUCCACAUGCAGCGCCAGAGGAAGCUCCCCGAAGAGCACGCCAGAUUUUAUUCUGCAGAAAUAAGUCUAGCCCUUAAUUACCUUCAUGAAAGAGGGAUAAUCUAUCGAGACUUGAAACUGGACAAUGUGUUGCUGGAUUCUGAAGGGCACAUUAAGCUCACGGACUACGGCAUGUGUAAGGAAGGGUUAAGGCCAGGAGACACAACCAGCACUUUCUGUGGGACUCCAAAUUACAUUGCUCCUGAAAUUUUGCGAGGAGAAGAUUAUGGCUUCAGCGUGGACUGGUGGGCACUCGGCGUACUGAUGUUCGAGAUGAUGGCAGGGAGGUCUCCCUUUGAUAUCGUCGGGAGCUCAGACAACCCUGAUCAGAACACAGAAGAUUACCUCUUUCAAGUUAUUUUGGAAAAGCAAAUUAGAAUACCCCGCUCCCUCUCUGUCAAAGCUGCAAGUGUUCUGAAGAGUUUUCUUAAUAAAGACCCCAAGGAACGGCUAGGUUGUCAUCCUCAAACAGGCUUUGCUGACAUUCAGGGACAUCCAUUCUUCCGAAAUGUCGAUUGGGACAUGAUGGAACAGAAGCAGGUGGUGCCUCCCUUCAAGCCAAAUAUUUCGGGAGAAUUUGGUUUGGACAACUUUGAUUCCCAGUUCACUAAUGAACCUGUGCAGCUCACUCCAGAUGAUGAUGAUAUUGUGAAGAAAAUUGACCAGUCUGAAUUCGAGGGCUUCGAGUACAUCAAUCCCCUCUUGAUGUCUGCAGAAGAGUGUGUCUGAUGGGGCUCAUCCCUUUUGCAUGUGUUGUCAUUUAAUGCACGGAUAAACAAGUUACCAGUUUGGAUGCAACCAUAUAGCAUAAAAACUUGAGCAUUUUAACUUCAUCAUCUACUUUGGCACCCUUGGUAUCUUUUAUCCCUGAUUGUAACGACCAAACAAUCACUUUUAAGUUCAGCUGCAAGAAAAAAGUCUGAAACCAGAUUUCUAGAGACUUGGGCUAGGACUGAUUGAAUUAUAAC